CGAGGAGGCGACCCGCGCGAACAACAACAAGACGCUCGGGUUUCGGCUCAUUUUUCCUUCCCUUUUUUCUCUAAAUGAAGGCGUUUCUUGCUUCCGGAGACGCGUCGAGAACAGUGCUCUGUGCGCCAUUUGGUCAGGAAGAUUGAUAAUUCGGCUGGAGGUCUCAUGCCAUUGGGGUAAAAACUCAAGAGUGCCGCCAUGCCUGAAGUUGUGCUUGAAGGAGUACCUGUGCGGUUCCCCUUUGAGCCCUAUGAAGUCCAGAAGGCAUACAUGAGCAAGGUGAUCCAGUGCUUGCAACAGGGAGUGAAUGGCAUUCUGGAGUCUCCAACAGGCACAGGCAAGACUCUGUGCCUGCUCUGCUCAACCCUGGCCUGGCUGGAGGUCAAAAAAGCAGAGCAUAAGGCGCGUCUGCACAAUGUCGCUGGGGGAGAUGCCGACUUUAUGUCUUCUCUGAGCUCGCAGCUGAAGGCAGGGUCUGGGUCAGCCUGGGGAGAAAAGAAUGCUCCACCAAAGAUCAUAUACUCUUCGAGGACUCACUCCCAGCUCAGCCAGGCAGUCAAUGAACUGAAGAGAACUACCUAUAGCUACCUCAAGGUGGCAGUACUAGGAUCGCGUGACCAGAUGUGCAUCCAUCCAGAGGUGUCUAAGGAGACCAACAAUAACAACAAGGUGCACAUGUGUCAGCUGAGGGUCAAGGCCAAGACGUGCUACUUCAACAACCAGGUCGAAGCCAAAAAAGACGACCCAGAAGUACGCCAGAAGGCACUUGACAUUGAAGACCUUGUCAAAGUUGGCCGCAAGAAGACAUUCUGCCCAUAUUACAUGGCGAGGGAACUCAAGCAAGAUGCCGACAUAAUUUUCCUGCCAUACAACUACCUCCUGGACCCCAAAAGCCGGAAAGCGCAUGGAGUGGAGCUUCAGGGUAAUAUUGUGAUAUUUGAUGAAGCUCACAAUGUGGAGAAAAUGUGUGAGGAAGCUGCGUCUCUGCAGAUUCGCUCGACCGACAUAGCACUGUGCAUUGAUGAAGUAACACAGGUCAUGAAAAAGAUGCAGGAGAUGAGCGAGGGAUCCAACAUCGCGGCCAACGAUGUCUCCGAGGUGAUGCCCGAAGACUUCAAUCCUGACGACCUCUACACCUUGAAGGCCCUCUUCUUGGAGCUGGAGAAGGCUGUUGACAGCAUACCAAUCAAAAUGGGAGACGCUGGCACCACCUACCCCGGCAGCUUCAUGUUUGAGCUGCUUGAGAAGGCCGAAAUCACGCACCACAAGAAGAACGUCAUUCUGGAGGUUUUGGAAAAGCUGGUGCAAUAUCUGACGACAAACAGCGCCUCCCCGUUCCAGCGAAAGGGAGCAGGCCUGCAGAAAUUCUCUGAGUUGAUCAAGGUUGUGUUUAGCAAAGAUAACUUCACUCUCCAGCACAUGGAAUAUGUGAAACAGUGCUACAAGGUCCACGUGAGCAUCGAGGAGAACAAGAAGAAGGCUGGCGCUCGUCAAGAGGGCUGGGGAGCUGUCAAGACCAACAACGUCAGCACUAAAGUUGGUCGAGUCAUUUCAUAUUGGUGCUUCAAUCCUGGCUUCGGUAUGAAGGACCUCUCUGAGCAGGGUAUCAAGUGCAUCCUCCUCACCAGUGGAACUCUGUGCCCUCUCGAGUCUUUCACCUCAGAGCUGCAGGUUCCGUUCCCGAUCCAGCUGGAGAACCCGCACAUCAUCCAGCGUCACCAGGUGUGGGUGGGCACCAUCUGCAACGGGCCCGAUGGCUUCAACCUCAAUUCGUCCUUUCAAAACAGGAGUGACCCGCGCUACAUCAGCUCGUUGGGGCAGACCAUCCUGAACUUUUCCCGCAUCGUGCCUGAUGGCUUGCUGAUCUUCUUCCCUUCCUACCCCAUCAUGCGAAGCUGCCGGGACGAGUGGCAGAACUCAGGCAUCUGGAGCAGGAUUUCGGCCACAAAGCCGAUCUUUGUGGAGCCCCAGACGAAGGAUGAGUUCCACAACGCCAUGACGGAGUACUACCAGAAGAUCAACGACCCGGCGCUGAAGGGGGCCUGCUUCAUGGCAGUCUGCAGGGGGAAGGUCUCCGAGGGCCUGGACUUUGCCAACCGCAACGGCCGGGCAGUCAUCAUCACGGGCCUCCCUUACCCCCCCUUCAAGGACCCCCGCGUCGUGCUCAAGCAGAAAUACCUCGAGGAAACCAGGCUCAAGAAUAAGGCAGGGCUAACGGGGCAGGAGUGGUACAAGCUGGAGGCGUCUCGUGCCGUGAACCAGGCCAUCGGGCGCGUCAUCCGGCACAAGGACGACUACGGUGCCAUCAUCCUGUGCGACAACCGCUUCGCUGCAGCCAAUUUCCGCACGCAGCUGUCGGCGUGGGUGCGGCCCUUCAUGAACUCCUACAGCACCUUUGGGCCUGCGCUCAGGGACAUCAUACAGUUCUUCAAAAAUGCCCAAGUCUUGCUGCCCCAGCCUGAUGAGAAGACUGGCAAGCCGUCAAUCAGCGCCAAGUAUGACGAGCCCCCAGCAGCAGUGGGAGCAGCGCCCCCGGUUCCUGCCCACGCCCUGCAGGCCGCCCCCGCACGACUGGUCGUCUCGGAUGCCACCCGCCAGAAGAUGGGGCAGGCGCUGGCACAGAAGGAGGACUAUAACAACAUGUGGUCGAACAUGAAUUAUAAGAAGACCGACAGGGCGAAUGAGAAGAGGGGAGGGGAGGGGGGUGAUGGCUCACUGUUCUCGGCCCUGGAGAAGAAGACGUCAGUGGUGGACUUCAACUCUCUGCAGAGCACGUCGCAGGUGAGCUGCAAGUACGACACCCUGCAGGUGGGCAACAAGAAGAGGAAGAUUAAGAUUGUGUCGAAGGGUGAGAAGGAGUUGGCAGACUUCCUGAAGGGCCCCGGAACAAGCCAGGCAGCAAGCCAGGCAUCGCAAGGGGGGGCUACAGAGGCCACGAGUUGCUCCCCUGAGAUGUUCUCCUCGCCAGGCAACUCGCAGGAGCUCAUCAGCGGUGCGCAGAAAAGCACCACGAAGGCGCCUUCAUCGGGUGCUUUGGGGUCCGGGAAGGUCUCUACGUCGACAGCAGUGGCAGCCCUUGCUUCGGGAAAGGAGAACGGCGAGACCAAGAAACUUGGCUCUAUUGCUGACUACAUUAAAGAUGUGAAAUCCCAGCUGAACAAAGAGCAGUACGGCCUCUUUUCAUCGGCCGUCAAGAACUACCAGAAGAGCAAGGACUACGACACCGUGGUGGGCACUCUGGCCUCCCUCUUUUCCCAGCAAGCCGAGCAUCACAGACUCUUCAGAAAAUUCGAGCAGUUCCUAAGCAAGGACCAUAGACUUGCAUUCAGAGAAUCGUGCGAGGAGAUGCUGAAGAGAUAGCCCCUGCGACACGUUUAGUCCUUUUCCCCCCCCUUUUCUUCUUCACUUUACGUAGCUGUGAUGUUUGCGUUCGUCCUUGCAAGUGAAGCAUUUGUAGACAGACGGAAGAAUAAAUGGAAAAAAAAUGAAAACGGCACCAGUGAAUUUUGUUUGUCACAUGAAGAUGAAGCAUUUAUAUCCGUAUAUGUUAUUGCAAGUGAAAAUAAACAUGAAAAUAUGAUGUAUGUAUAUAUGUAUUUACAGAAAGAAUAUAAGUGUAAUAUUUUGUUUUACUUACAAGUUUCCUAUCUUAAUAUUUAUGGCCAUCUGUACAGUAUGUCUAUAUCUGUAUAGAAUCUCUCCGUAAAUACAAAGCAUUGAAUGAAAAGCAGCAUAGGGAGGAAGAUAUUAUUCUCAAAUAUUUAUCAUUGGAAGUAAUUAUCUUUACUUACUGUUUUUCAUCUUUUGCUUUAUUAUUUUUAGAUUUUUGUCUAUUUUUAUACUGCUGUGUGAUUUAUUUAGCAUCUGAACUGAUAAGCAAAAAUAUUUAUUUUAUAUUUAAGAAUAAGUAAGAUGUAUUCAUAAAUGUGAUAAAAUGUGCAAAUCAUUUGCAUUACAAAAAUGUGUAAUUUUAGUUGCAUUGUAUUUUUGUGUAUAUUAAAUUUUUUGACAGAAA